UUCAGCCUGGUGCCUCACCUGCUGGAUUGCGUAUGCUGCCUGCUCUCUGGAGGGGCAGUGGAGUCCUGCAGGAGGCCAGAACAGGCAUUAGGAGUCAGUUCCUGACUUUGCCACUGACUCACUGUCUGACCUUGGACAAGUCACUUCUCUCUGAGCCUCAAGAUACCCAUCAAUUCCUGAACUGGAGAAGGCGACGGUCCACAUGAAGAAUCCCGAGCACGUGCAGCGCGUCAUCUCAGCGCUCAGGAAAGAGGGAACAGACAAACUACAGGUCAUUUCGGACUUCGACAUGACUCUCAGCAGGUUUGGAUUUAACGGGCGACGAUGCCCCACUUCGCACAAUAUCCUAGAUAACAGCCGAAUCAUUAGCGAAGAAGGCAGGAAGAAGUUACAAGACCUACUGCACUAUUACUAUCCGAUUGAAAUUGACCCCAACCGGACCAUGGAAGAAAAACGUCCCCUCAUGGUGGAAUGGUGGACCAAAGCCCACGACCUUCUGGUGGAACAGAAGAUUUUGAAAAGUGACAUAGCCAAGAUCGUCAGAGAAUCCGAGGUGAUGCUCAGGGACGGAGCCAACACCUUCUUUGACCAACUCCACCAGCACAACAUCCCCCUGUUCAUCUUCUCGGCCGGCGUGGGCGAUGUCCUGGAGGAGGUCCUCCGGCAGGCCGAGGUCUUCCACCCAAACAUCAACGUGGUGUCCAACUACAUGGACUUCGAUGACAAGGGCGUCCUGAGACGAUUUAAAGGGCCGCUGAUCCACACCUACAACAAGAACAACACGGUCCUGGAGAAGACGGAGCACUUCCAGCUGCUGAGCAGCAGGACCAACAUCAUCCUGCUGGGGGACUCGCUGGGAGACCUGAGCAUGGCCGACGGGGUUCCCAACGUGGAGAACGUCCUCAGAGUCGGAUUCCUGAACGACAAGGUGGAGGAGCGACGAGGAAAGUACCGGGACGCCUAUGACAUCGUGCUGGAGAAGGACGAGACUCUGGAUGUGGUCAACGGGAUCCUUUGUUACAUCCUGGAGCCCUGAACUGAGCGCCCAGGAUCCUGACUUCGGCCUCUCAGGAUGGUGUCUUGGCACCGUGCUUCCCAUGGCAGAGUCAGGCCAAUUUGAAUCCAUCUUGAUGCCCUCAGGAGUUCCCUCCCCCCCACCUCCCGGCUCCCUCCUGGGCUUUUAUCAACACCCUUUUGUUCGUCAGUCCGGGGGUUGAGGGGUGAGCUGGAGAAACUCUCUGCUUGCCCCAACUACCUCCCCCAUGUCUCUGCUCAAACCCCAGCCCCCAAGCGGCGCAGCUCCUGGCUCGUGUCCCAAACCCCUGGAAGUUCAAGGCCACUAACGCGAGGUCGUCGUUUGGCAGGCGGCCUGGCUGGCGACUGUCACAGCGACGCAGAAUUAAAGCUCCCUCGCAGGGCUGGGGACCAACGCGUUUAAAUGGGUUAGUUCUGCUGCCGAAUCGCCUCUGUCGGGGAGCGGGCCCCUGUUUGUUGUGGGUCCAUCACAGAGCGUUCAGGCCAGACUCCGGCUGCAUGGUUCAGCUGCACAGCAGAGUUACAGCCUGGCCUCUGCUGGGGGGCGCAGGUGUCUGCAAUUUGCUGUGGAAACCCUACAAAUCCCCUGGUCAGUUCUCUGCUCCCUCUGCCUGCAACCUACUGGGACGUUCAUGGGCGUCACUGGUGGCUGGAGAGGGGACCAGAGAUUUUAGAGAGCAUAAGCCCCACCCCUGUCUGUGCACCGACCUGUUAUGGGUGGAGCCUGGAGCUACUCAGCAUGGUGGGCGCAGGUGGGAAAUAUGGGUUGGGGGACUUGUCGCUUGGAACAUUAACACGUUGGGUGUGUGAGAUGAUUGUGCAGCUGCAGUGAUGCUUAAAUGGGUGGGACUCUUGUGAGGAUUCCUGUCCGAGAGCCGCUUGUGUGAUGAACACAAGGGCUGAGUUUGGUCAUCCCGCGGUGGGAGAGGGUUUGCUUGGCUGCUGUGUUUUGCUGGGAGAAGGACUGGGUUGUGGUGUGCAGUGAAUCCCACUGGCAAACGGCUCUCGCUGGAGCAACGAGGCUUUGCUGGCCAUUCACGUUGCUGUGGAGUGGAAUUGUUACAGCUGAUAAGUCAGGCAGCAGGUUUGUCGUGGGUGGACGGGGGUGUUGGGGGACGCAGUGGUAGCCAUGGGUCCUUGGGGUGGGUAGUUUAAAGGGGGCUGGGAGGCAGGGAGGGCGGGCAGGCUAGUUGCGUGGGGCUUUUUAAAGUGUGACUAUUGUAUAACUAACCCCUUGUGCCGGUUCUGGGGUCUCAGGGCAGCACUUCUGUCAGCAACAUAAAAUCUCUCUCCCUCAAAUGGAAAAAAAUGGAAAAGAAAAGCAGUGCAGCCCCUCUGGGAGUCUGUCUGCUGGGACUCCCUUCCGGGCAUGACAGUCACACUGGCCUGGAAGAGGGCUGAUGCUAAGCGGGUGUUCUGGGUCCCCCACGUGUCCGUGGAAGCGCUGGGUGUACUUGCUUUACUGUGCAGAAAGCUUUCUUUAAGGGUCGGCGUUUCCAAAGGAGCAGGAACCCCAUGUCCCUCAUGCCAAGUUCAGCCGUCUGGCCCGGGUAUGUGAGAACUGCCCACCAUGGCAAUCUGGGCUCUGCCUCAAUGGCAUUUAACUCAUCCUAGGGGGACCCAGACUCCUGCACUCGGCAGCUGGAUGGGGACAGGCAGCUGCUUAUCGACUGAGCUUGGCCUGCUUGCUGCAAACAUUCUGGGAGUGCAGAUGGCUCUUUCAGAGCUCCCCGUCCCGCCGUGUAAAACUCCAUCUCCUUUCACGCUCCUCCUGUCGGGGAGAGCCAGAGGCAGCUCCCACCCUGCAGUCUCCUCGGUUCCUGGCGAGGUGCCGUCCACGUGGCUGUCUCGCUGUGACCCAGCCUGGCACUAGCAACCCGGACCCCUGCAUUGUUUGGUAAGCGAAGGCACUUGUCAUUUGGCUUGUAGGAGCUGGGCUGGUCCGGGUUCCCAGGCAGCCAUCUGGCUCGCUUGCUGUGUCACGGUCAGAUGUAAAUGUCACUUGGGCGGGGGGAGCAGGUUUUAUUCCGCUUGUUGAAAUAAAUACGUUGGAUAAA